AUGGCCAUAGAAUGGAGUGCUGCUUACUGGCCGGCAGCGGUUAUUCAGGUGUCCGUGGCCGUCGCGGCCGUCACUGUUCUGCUGGGCUACGCGUAUUCGACGUACCACUACGGCAAGUGGAAUCGUCUCGGGGUGCCGCACGCCGAUAGGCCGACACCGUUGCUCGGUCACCUGGCCGACACCAUCAUGGGCCGCAUGGCACUCAUCAAUCUGGUGCACGCGUUUUACGGCCAGUUCGACGGGUGCCGGUAUUUCGGGAUUUACGAGGCGCGCAAGCCUUUGCUGGUGCUCCGCGACCCCGAGCUGGUGCACAGCACAUUGGUCGGGGACUUUACACAUUUUUACGACCGAAACGCAAAUAAGGUGUCGUUUAAGCACGACAAGCUGUUCGAUCACCUGGCGAACCUACGGGGCGAACAGUGGAAAGCGGUCAGAGCUAAACUCAGCCCCACGUUCUCGUCCGCCAAGCUCAAGUCCAUGGUAGGCGAUAUGAACGAGUGCACGGAACGGCUAAUUGAAAACCUUAACGGGCAGAUAACGAGAAAUAUCG